AUGCGACCCCUCACAAUGCAAGAUUGGUUUCCGAACCACACCAUCCGGCACGGACUAGAACCAAACUAACAACUACAAAGUGUUAGCUUGCACCUUUUCAACUGUCUGCCAGACUCAUAAGAGCUGCGACCGAGAAGAAUGCCCUCCGACCGCAUGCCGGAAAUGUCGGCAGCCACCAAAGAAAUCCUUGGCCGGGUGCGGCGGAUGGUCCCGCCGAUGUUGGAGAGCUUCCGCAAAGGCCAGCUAGGACGGAUCGGCGUCAUUGGCGGGAGCGAGGACUACACCGGCGCGCCGUACUUCUCGGCCAUGGCCAGCGCUAGGCUCGGUUGCGACAUGUCACACGUUAUCUGCACCCUUGCCGCCGCCGCCGUCAUCAAGACCUACAGCCCCAACCUGAUGGUCCACCCGCUGAUGCGGCAGUCGUCGUCGUCGUCCCAGCAGCCGCCACCACCCGACGUCGAUGCCGAGGCCGAGGCCGAGGCGGUGGCGUCGCCCAUCAUCGACCUCCUCGCGCGCCUGCACGUGCUCGUCGUCGGGCCGGGCCUGGGCCGCGACCCGCUCAUGCAGCGGACGUGCCGCGUCGUCGUCGCCGCCGCCCGCGCGCGCGGCAUGCCCGUCGUGCUCGACGCCGACGCCCUGCUGCUCGUCCAGCGCGACCCGGCGCUCGUGCGCGGCUACCGCCUGGCCGUGCUGACGCCAAACGUGGUCGAGUUUGGCCGCCUCGCCAGCGCGCUCGACGUGCCCGAGGCCGUUGACGGUGAUAAUAAUGAUGGGAAGUCGGCCACGGAGCGGGCCGAGGCGCUGGCGCGCGCGCUGGGCGGCGUCACGGUGGUGCAGAAAGGCGGUAAGGAUAUCAUCGCCGGCGGCGGAGGUGCCAGCGCGCUCGUGGUGGAUUUGGAAGGCGGCCUGAAGCGCAGUGGCGGGCAGGGCGACACGCUGACGGGCUGCAUCGCGACCAUGCUGGGUUGGCGCAAGGCGGCGCUGGACGGGCUGUGGGAGGGCAGCGAGGCCGGGGUGGCGGACGAGGGCGAGAGCGUGCGGCUGGCGGCGUUUGGAGGGUGCGCCGUCACGCGCGAGUGCUCGCGCCUGGCGUUUGCGCGCCGCGGCAGGAGCCUGCAGGCCAGCGACCUGACCGAGGAGGUGCACCAGGCGUUUCUAAACGUGUUGGGUGAGAACGCCGAGGGCAGGACGUCGUCGCGGAUGUAGCAGGGCCGUGUGUGCUUGAGGUCUGGGCUCCGAUGUCCUGAGACAACUAACUGUCUCUUGACAAGAAUUUGACGGCAUGGCUGUGAUGAGCACUGCCAGGAUCUAGGUAGUUUAUCGACGAGGUGAAAAGAACUAGAUGGAUACAUGUACCUUCCAGUCGGCUUCCACCCGGAAGCAACGAGCGGCUCGUGCAACUCCCAUAGAUCCCUCCUUCAGCCGAAAGAAUAUUGAAUGCAACGAUUCCACCAUCCACCGGCCAGUGAGUCUGGCCUACAAACGCCGUCAACGCC